ACCUCUGUCGAAGUUUGAAAGCAAGGUUCAGCGACUUGCAGAGUAAAACCUGAGUGAGGAGGAGAGAACUGCUGCACUGAGAACUCAUAGAUAUCUCCGACCGCCAAAGUCUUCUCAAAAUGGCCAUGAUGCUGAAGCCGUGGACGGUGCUGGUAGCCGUGCUGUUGUGUGUGCUGGUGUGUCUGGGAAUGCUGGCGGACGCCUACCCCCCCAAACCUGAGAACCCUGGUGAAGAUGCCCCACCCGAAGAGCUGGCCAAGUACUACACUGCCUUGAGACACUACAUCAAUUUGAUCACCAGGCAGAGGUAUGGAAAACGUUCAGCUCAGGAGGACAUGUUUGCAGAGCUGCUGUUUGGUGGCGACAGUAACAGAGACCAGAGAUCAAGAUUUGACAACUCCUACAUGUGGUGACUCCACCAUCUCUCUCUCACUCCUCAUCCGGCAUUCCCUCUGGGUGUGUUCCACAACACGCCCGAAGGAGCCGACAUGUGCCUCUCACCUCCGAACCCUGAACCCAAACAAUGACCGUCACUGACCAGAAUACAAGCUCUCUUUGUCUUUCUCGUCACUGUCACAUCUCUCGAAUUACAAAGCAGCUGUACAUAAUUUGUUAUUGAAAUAAAAUAUAUAGAUCAACGCGACAAAUCAGAAGGUGGAAAUGUGUCUGUGUGUAUGUGAGCAUUAACAUCUAAACUACUACUGUCCUGCACUGUUUAGAGGAGGAGAUUCCUGUUUUACUGUUGCUACUGUGACAGGUAACAGAAUAAAUGGAUGAAAAUA